AGUUGAUCAAACCAGUCAUUUCAGUCAACCCCUUCGCCGGUAGCUACCAUGAGCCUGACCCGCGUCCUUCGUUCUACGGCGUCGUCUGUCGGUGUACGCCAAGCUAGCAGCCUCUCCGAAGCGCUCUUGUCGGUGCCUACCGGUACGCCCACGCCGCUUUCCAGCGAAGUCUCUGUAGGUAAGUCCACGUCGGGGCUCGGGUUGGCUUCGUCCACGGCCGCGUACACCACGACGUCUACUUUGGGCGUUGUGUUUAACACUGGUUCCCGUCACGAAACGUCCAAGGACGCCGGUAUCUCGUUGUUGGCUAGCAAGAUGGCGUUCCGCGCCACGAAGGAACGCUCCGACUUGGCCGUCUUCCGUGACAUCGAAUCCAUCGGCGGGUCCGUGUCGAGCCGUGCCGGCCGCGACUACGUGUCUUGGAACAUCACUGUGGCCCCGGAAUACGUCAAUGACGCCGCGGCCAUUUUGGCGGAAUCGUUGUUCGCACCCCGCCAUGCGGACUGGGACAUCAACACCCAAAAGGAAAAGGUGUCCGUCGACGAGGAACUGUUUCACGCCAACGCCAUCGAACUCUUGGUCCAAGGUGUGCACGCCGCUGCGUUCUACGACAACCGCACGUUGGGUCGCUCCAUCUACGCCAAGGACAACCUGUCCAAGCUGAACUCCAAGUCGAUGGAACAGUUCUAUGCCCAGCACGCCACUGCAUCCAACAUGGUGUUGGUCGGCCGCAACAUCGCCCAAUCGUCGUUGGUAGAUGUGGCCAACACCUACUUUGCCGACAUCUCUGCCGGUCAAUCGAACAACAUGACCCCUGCCGUGUACAUUGGAGGUGAACACCGCACUGCCGCUUCAUCGGCGCAUGCGUACGUCGCUGUGGGUUUCUCUGCCGGUGGUGCUCUUUCGGGCAAGGACUUGCACACCGCGCACGUGUUGGAACACUUGCUCUCUCAGCGCUCGGGCCGCUUCUCGACCGGUUUCGCCGCCAACUACGCAGAUGCUGCGUUGGUUGGUCUGAGCGGCGUGGCCAAGGCCGCCGACGCGUCGGCCCUCACCUUCGCUUUGCUCAAGGACAUCCAGUCGGUGGCUGGCCAAGCUGUCUCGACAGCAGAACUCGAAGCCGCCAAGAAGUCGAGCGGCUUGGGCUACAGCUCGUGGGUCGAAUCCAAGGACGGCUCGCUCACUCAGCUGGCGCGCUCUGCCAAGACCCAAAAGGCCAUCACCGAACGCGAUGUGCAGCAAGGUUUGGCGGCCGUGACCGCCGCCGACGUUCAAGCUUUGGCCCAAAAGUUGGUCUCCUCCAAGCCAUUGUUGGCGUCCGUCGGCGACGUCUCCGCCGUGCCUCGCUACGACGACAUUGUCAAGAAACUAUAAGGAGUCAUGGCAAGUGGGAUAUCUAGUACUAGAAUGAAUAGAUGGCCUUUGUCAUUUUGAAAUGUUUGACCUGAACGUUGUGUCUACUCCUCC